CGUGUCAACGACCUCGGGCUUUGAUUUUCUUGCUCUCUUCUCCUCCAGUCCGAGUCGCCAUUCCUCACUCAUCACUCAGAGCCGAAUAAGCCGAGGGGAGCAGGUCCUCUGCCUCUCCAUCACCAGCGACCUCACCACCGGCCAUGGAGGUGACGACCAUCGCCAUCUCCCUUUUAGUCAAGGUCACCUCUAUCUCUUUCGCGUUUCCAUCUCUCCACACAAUGCCGAACCACUUCUCUGUUGACCACCUCCCAUUUUGUGCAUCACAGCCACCGGAACGUGACCACGCCAACGACGCCCUAGAGCACGCACUGGAGCGCCGCCGCUUCGACAUCGUUGUCGUCCGGCCAUUCUCGUCCAUCCCAAAGCAAGCCGCUGUGCCAAGAAUCUCGCCUCGACCGCCUCUUCAAGACGCCUCAAGAACCCCAGCCGGAAACAUCAAGAUCACGGAGAACACAUCUUUUCUUCCCAGCGCCGAUCUAGGAUCGCCUCCGCCGUCAUCGUUGAUUACCGCUGCCUCGGUGAGCCAUUGUUCGAUUCCUAGCGCAUACACCAUCUCCUUGACCUCACAACCCUCGUGCAUGCCUUCCUUUAGCAGCUCGUCGUCCCGUCGAGCCGUCGCCGUUCAACCGAGGAGGAGCGCCGCCGUCGAAUCGUUCCAACCGAAGCCGCUGCUAUCCAAGCUUCGGCGAUUUCUUCCUACAGCUUGGUUUAGACUUAGUCUUUGAGUGAUGCGGGUUCCGAUUGCUUCUUCUAGGACUAUUCUAAGUUGGCCAGUUGGCCUAUGUAUGUAUUAAGUUGUUGUAAGUCUUAAGUUUCUUUCAUCUUAGUUGUGUUUGCUAUGUAUAAUCAUGCUUAAGAUGAAAGUGUGGAUCUAGUGCA